AAAGGACAACCCCAUUUUAAAAUUCCCACCUCUGGCUCCCAAGGAUUGGGUUGCAAACUUCGACAAAAUCCUCUUCUCCACUCCUUAUUGGUGCAUGCUCUAUCAUUCUUUCUCCCUGGAAUUCUGUGUGGUACCAGGUUGCUUUACGGGAAAAGGCUGAUCCAAUUUAGUCUGGAACUGCUCCACUUUCGCUUUUUCAUGGUCAUCAGUCGGUACAAAGAAUCACCAAACCGAUACAGCGUGGACCAAACUGGCAAAUCAGGCUGCGGAGACAACUGUGUAAUUCUAUGGAAAAAGAAACGGACCACCUCUCAAGCACGCAGGGUAAUUGACAAAAGGAUUUUACGACACAGUGAGAGAUAGGAUAAUGUAUAUAAGAAUAUGCAAGAAUCACAGGAAACCCACGUAUCCAACCACCUGGAUGAGACUGCUGCUGCUGUCAGCCUAACACCUAGAAAGAAGAUCCAAAACAAGCUGCCUCAGACAGCGCUCUUCCAGCCUCCUCGAGAGAAACUGCACCUCUGCGAAGAGAAAGCAAGGUCCUAUUCCAGCAGUCACGAGUAUAAGCAGGCGAUCCAUGAGCUUGUGCGCUGCGUGGCACUGACAAGGAUCUGCUACGGUGACUCACACUGGAAACUAGCCGAGGCACAUGUUAACCUGGCUCAGGGCUACCUCCAGCUGAAGGGGCUGUCACUGCAAGCAAAACAACAUGCAGAAAAAGCCAAAGAAAUCCUCACCAGCUCCAUCGUGCCCCCUUACAAUGACAACACAGACGUUUUCAGGUGUUCGGUGGAGCUGUUCCACACCAUGGGGAGAGCCUUACUCUCACUUCAGAAAUUUAAGGAAGCAUCAGAGAACCUGACAAAAGCAGAGAGGCUCACAAAGGAGCUGCUGCAAUGUGGAAGGAUUAUAAAGGAAGAAUGGAUGGAAAUUCAAGCGCAGAUCAAAUUGUCAUUUGCACAGGUAUAUCAAGGUCAGAAGAAAUCAAAAGAAGCUCUGCCCCACUACCAAGAAGCUUUAGAAUAUACUGAGAUCAGUAAAGGCAAAAAAAGUCUCGAGUGUGUACCAGUAUUGAGGGAACUGGCAGGCGUGGAACAAGCCCUGGGAUUUCACGAAGCAUCCAUCAACCACUUUGUACAGGCGCAUCUCAUCGUCCUGAGCAGAAACCCCUCUCAAGAGGAGGCAGCCGUCUCCGCACACGUUGUCGCCCGCGCUGCCGUGGCUUCCGGGAGGCCAGAGCACCGUGAUGUGGCCGAGCAGUAUUUUCAAGAGAGCAUGGCUAAUCUUAAGGAUGCGGAAGGAAUGGAAAAAGCCAAAUUUCUUUCAAUUCAAGAUGAUUAUUGCCAUUUUUUACAAGUCACUGGACAGCAAGAGAGAGCAGCCUCCCUCCUGAGAGAGUCCCUGGAAGCCAAAGUGGGAGUGUUUGGAGAUCUCAGUCCCGAGGUGGCAGAGACAUACCGGCUCCUGGGAGGGGCCGACCUGGCACAGGGGAACCAGAGCGGUGCCCACAAGAAACUGAAGAAGUGUCUUCAGAUUCAGACCCUCUUAUAUGGACCGCAGGACAAGAAGACUCUGGCCACCCAGCAGACCAUCAACGUCCUGUCCAGGGCCCCCGAGGUGGCCGUGAAGCCCAGGCAGGCCCCGAAAGCCAAGCCGGCCUUCUGCACCGGCGGGCCGCAGCCCACCAUGCUGGGGAAGGCCAGGCCCAGCGCAGCCGACUGAGACCCCCCACCUCGCCCCCAGAGAGCUGGGCAGGCCUGGGUGCCGGGGCUUCAGGUGCUGUAUCCGUCUGUCCAGCUAGAGGAUGGAACAGCCGCCGCACAGAUUUCCAAGGCUGACUCUUUGCUCCAAACGCAACAGCGAGACCGUGCCCCUCCCGUGGACCCCAUUCUGGCCAUGGGUGCCCUUCAGGGUGACCUGGUGCUUCUAUCAGCCAUUUUUCUUUUUACCACCUUCGUGGUUUUUCCUGACAGUAAGAAUUCUCACCCAUCAGCACUAUUGUGGCCGAAAGGCUUCUCUUCAAAAGUUCAAAACUUCCUGUGCAGGAGGCUAGACCCAACACCUGGUAUUAUGUAUUUAUUUCUAUAUAUUAUGUAGCCCCUCAGGCAGGUCUGGAGUUAGAUUUGGGGCAAUAAAGUCCUGGAAAAAGCUCCUUCUUCUAGGAAGUUAACAGGGAUUGAGAAGAAAAUGCUAAUAAAGGGAAACUGCUGGGA